GACAGACCGACAGACAGACAGACAGACAGACAGACAGACAGACAGACAGACAGACAGACAGACAGACAGACAGACAUGUUUCUAUUUGUUCCAUUGUGGCUGGUUCUGUAGUUGGCUCACUGAUUGGUGUCGUCACAGUGUUUACCCCUCCCGGCCCCCAGCUAACACAGCUGACUCUAAUAAUCACCCAAACCAAGAUCUUCAGUUUAGAAAACAAUCUGAUUAAAAUAUGAAUGAUUCAUGAGAUAUAAUAUAAUAAUAAUAAUAUAUGCCAUUUAGCUGACGCUUUUAUCCAAAGCGACUUACAGUCAUGUGUGCAUACAUUCUACGUAUGCGUGGUCCCGGGAAUCGAACCCACUACCCUGGCGUUACAAGCGCCAUGCUCUACCAACUGAGCCACAGAAGGACCACAACCACAAGAGAUAAAAGUGUGGCAACAAUAAGGCUCCUCAAAGACUGGAGUUGUUGCCCAUCCCUGAUCUAAACUAAGGAAUAUAUUUUUUAAAUACAUUGUGAUUGGCUGUAAAUCAUCUCGACUGGUGUGUGUGUGUGUGUUUUUAAAAGAUGACAUUUCAUACUGCAUAGUUGACAUGAAUUCCCAUGGGUUGGGUUUAGUAUUUUGUACAGUUGUGAUUGACACUAAAUCCAUCUGUCAUUUAACAUUUAAAUGUCAUUCACAUCAACUCGUUACCGACAUAACUGCCUGGCGGGCUGAAGAGAUACGGGAGAGGCUCUAAUCCUGUCUUUUUGUCCCGCGGGGCAGUUAUGUCGGUAAUGAAUAAAAGGGGAAUUCUGGAUCACGUGAUAGAGCGAGCGUGUGAGUUCUUGUUCACACCUGUCCGUGAAACGGUUGACGGGUUGUGCUGUGCGUGCUGCGUGUCACUUUGCGCUCCCCGGAGAGAGAGAGCGAGAGAGAGAGAGACGGGUUGUGCUGUGUCACUUUGCGCUCCCCGGAGAGAGAGAGAGACGGGUGAGAAAGUGCGUGAACAACCGGACCGGUAACCGGAAAUAAUAAUGGACAUAGCGGGACCGGUCAGUCAUCAGCAACGGAUAGUUGCUCCAGGUUGGAGUCCCGUGAGUCUGUCUGACUUUACCGAAAGAGAACGAGAAGGGAAAAAUUCCAAGUCUUCACGGUAACUCUUCAUUCCAGAGAGAGUUGGGACAUCUUUACGAUUCUUGUGGAAUGCUGUUGUCAAUUUAACUAGUGCUCCGUUUUUAAAAAAAACAUUUUUUUAUCGGUAACUGCUCCGGUGGGUUUCGAGCCAUGGCGUUAUCGCAGAUCCAGUGUUUGGACGAGAAUAACGUGAACCUCCGAACGCAUGAAUCCAAACCGGACUUUUUUUAUUCCGAGGACCAACGAUUAGCGCUCGAGACGCUUCUCCGGGAUGGACGCGAUGCCUUUAACAAGUUCGUCCACGCGACCAGUCUCCGGUGUUUCCUGUCGGACCAGGAGGUGGACCAGUUGACCGGGUCAGUGGAGGUGUACGACCCGGCAUCGGAGCUCCGUCAGGGUGACUCAGACAGUGAUGAACUCCCGCUGUCUCUCCAGUACUGGCCGGAGCUGUCUGACUGCUCGCUCCCGCGGCUGGAUCUGGGCUGGCCGGACUGCGCGUCCUACAGAGGAGUGACUCGCGUCACUGUGUACGCGCAACCGCCACUGGACGGCCACACGCACAUCAAAGAGAUGGUCAGGAAAACCAUCGCGCAGGCGCAGAAGGUGAUUGCGGUGGUCAUGGACCAGUUUACAGACGUAGAUAUCUUCAGAGACCUUCUGGAGGCGUGCUAUAAGAGGAAAGUGUCUGUCUACAUCCUGUUGGAAAGAGCAGCGUUACCUCACUUCCUGUCUAUGGCCGAGAGGGCCGCCAUGCACCCGGGACACCUGAAGAGCCUGCGUGUGCGUGUGUCAGGGGGAGCAGAGUUCUUCAGCAGGUCGUGUACCAGGGUGAGAGGACGGCUGGGUCACAGGUUCCUGCUGAUAGAUGGAGACAAGGCUGUUUCUGGAUCGUACAGUUUCACCUGGACGGCGUCUCGUUUGGACAGACACCUGGUCACCUUGGUAACGGGCCAGGCGGUUGACUCCUUUGACCAGCUGUUCCGUGACCUCUACCUGACCUCCAGCGGGGUCGACAUCCGCAGGGUCACCACGGAGACGGAACCGGAGCCAGAGCCCCUCCCCAGGGCCACCCCCGUCGCUUCUCUCUCCGCAGCUAACGCCAGGAAGCUGUUCAGCCCUAAAUACGCCGUGGUGAUCGGCAACGCUAACGCUAGCAGCGCCGGCCCCGUCUCCUCCGGAACCCAGAACUCCAACUCCCAGAACCCCCUGAAAACAAAGGUGCGUGUCCGGGAGCCAGUGGAAGCUCCGCCCCUCCACCCGGGAUUGGCCUGUCUGGAGAAAGCGUACCUGAUUCCGUACCUGCCCACCUGGCCCGAACCCGACCCCCCCAGAGAUGUCAUCGGGUUCAUCAACGUGCGGGACGCGUCACGGUCGACCCAGGUGCACUUGCAACGCUCCGAGAGGUUUGAAACGAGCCAGGCUGUACGGUUCAGCAGUCCCUUUACCCUGCCCAAUGAGGAGACACUUCCUGACAGGGCUGUGCCUAGACCAACCCCUACCCCUAACUCUACCACUACGAGCCAGGCUGUACGGUUCAGCAGUCCCUUUACCCUGCCCAAUGAGGAGACACUUCCUGAUAGGGCUGUGCCUAGACCAACCCCUACCUCUAACUCUACCACUACGAGCCAGGCUGUACGGUUCAGCAGUCCCUUUACCCUGCCCAAUGAGGAGACACUUCCUGACAGGGCUGUGCCUAGACCAACCCCUACCUCUACCACUACCCCUAUCUCUACCGCUAUCUCUACCACUACCCCUAUCUCUACCGCUAUCUCUACCACUACCCAUAUCUCUAUCCCUAUCUCUACCCCUAUUCCCGUAAACCCCUCCCUUACCUUCACCCCCGUCCCCAAGCCCCGGACGGUGCAGUUGGUCAUGAGGAACGGGAGUGGUCAGGACCUAUGUGGAGUCAGAGGGGUCAAGAAGACAGACCGUCUAACAGGACCACAAAGAGACUGUCUGAAUGGAACUGGACUGUGGCUAGACUGUGAGACUGCACUACGAACACAGAGUGGCUGUGAGACCGCACUGCGACCCCAGAGUGACUGUGAGACCGCACUACGACCACAGAGUGACUGUGAGACCGCACUACGACCACAGAGUGACUGUGAGACCGCACUACGACCACAGAGUGACUGUGAGACCGCACUGCGAACACAGAGUGACUGUGAAACCGCACUGCGAACACAGAGUGACUGUGAGACCGCACUACGACCCCAGAGUGACUGUGAGACCGCACUGCGAACACAGAGUGACUGUGAAACCGCACUACGACCACAGAGUGACUGUGAGACCGCACUACGACCACAGAGUGGCUGUGAGACCGCACUACGACCACAGAGUGACUGUGAGACCGCACUACGACCACAGAGUGACUGUGAGACCGCACUACGACCACAGAGUGGCUGUGAGACCGCACUACGACCACAGAGUGACUGUGAGACCGCACUACGACCACAGAGUGACUGUGAGACCGCACUGCGAACACAGAGUGGCUGUGAGACCGCACUGCGAACACAGAGUGACUGUGAGACCGCACUACGACCACAGAGUGGCUGUGAGACCGCACUACGACCACAGAGUGGCUGUGAGACCGCACUACGACCACAGAGUGGCUGUGAGACCGCACUACGACCCCAGAGUGGCUGUGAGACCGCACUACGACCACAGAGUGGCUGUGAGACCGCACUACGACCACAGAGUGACUGUGAGACCGCACGCCGAACACAGAGUGACUGUGAGACCGAAGUACGACCCCAGAGUGACUGCGAGACCGAAGUACAACCCCAGAGUGACUGUGAGACCGAAGUACAAGCCCAGAGUGACUGUGAGACCGAAGUACGACCCCAGAGUGACUGUGAGACCGCACUGCGAACACAGAGUGACUGUGAGACCGCACUACGACCACAGAGUGGCUGUGAGACCGCACUGCGAACACAGAGUGACUGUGAGACCGAAGUACAAGCCCAGAGUGACUGUGAGACCACAGUACGACCCCAGAGUGACUGCGUGACCACAGUAGUACCCCAGAGUGACUGCGAGACCGAAGUACAACCCCAGAGUGACUGCGAGACCGCAGUAGUACCCCAGAGUGACUGCGUGACCACAGUACGACCCCAGAGUGACUGCGUGACCGCAGUAGUACCCCAGAGUGACUGCGUGACCGCAGUACAACCCCAGAGUGACUGUGAGACCGCAGUACAACCCCAGAGUGACUGCGAGACUGAAGUACGACCCCAGAGUGACUGCGAAACCGUAAAAGGACUGUGUCAGCACACACGCACGACUGACCUCCGUACACACAGACGCAACCUGCUCACACACGCUCCUGAGCUGCGUACAGCAACGCCUGUUAAUGAGGAGUCCGGUGUGACGUCCCCGUCGUCCUGUGACUCGGACAUGUCGACGACAUCAGAGGAAUAUUAUGAGUGCAGGGACUCGGUACCUCCCUGA